AUGAUAUCCCACCCGCGCUCCGCCUUCACAGAGCAGUCCCUGCACCAAAAGAUCCAUGCAGAUAGAACACUCUCCAUCCCCGACCUUCGUGAAAUCACCCGUGAGCAGCUUCAGCGCACGGUGAAUGUGAGGGAGGAGUUCAUCGAUGCAGCAGGAAUGCAUGUUGCAAGGCUCCAAGACGAGGUCCAGAUCCAAGACGUGAGGGCCAAGAUCGACGACGCAGAGGGUCAGGUCCUAGAUGCAAAGGCCCAGGGUCUAGAUGUCGGAAGUUUGGGCGAGAAAGAGGUGAAGGAGAGACUUUGUACGCUCGUGGAGCAGCAGUGGAACUUUUUGGAGAAGGGGAAAGCGUUGGAGUGA